AUGGCCAUCCUCCUCGAGUCACGCACCGCCGAUCUUCGUGUCGCGGAAGUGUUCCUCGACCAGGUGGACGACGUUGCCGACAGCGACGUCCUCCGCCUUGUCGUCACGCUUAAAUCCCGCAUAUACGAAGUCGCCGACGCCAUCGCCGACGCGUUCCGAGCACGCUGCGGUGUCUCAGAGGAGGGGAUCACGGAAGCGUGCAGAGGUCUGGCGAAGAGCGGACUGCUACCGAAAGCGUUCGUGAAGGUGCUGCGCGACGGGAACCACAACAGCAACUCCGUCUUCGCUCAGACGGCUCUACAAAGCGUCGUGACGGCGUACGCGCACGAGCUUUGCACGGUCUGGGAUCCAUCCACCGACAGCAUAACACAGCGCAUCUGCGAAGCCUUAUACAAGAGCAUAAGAGAGCGCGAGCCUCAGCCAGUGGCCGGACGCUGGCGUGCUCUCUACCACACCCACCUCCGUGCCCUCGUGGGGUCCGAGAAAAACGUGCGCAGGGAGCUGGAGAACAAACUUACCCAAUGGCUUGCCACUGUCCUCCGCGCAUGCGGCGUCGACGACGCCAUCCAUCAUCUCCGAAAGGAAUUGCGUCGCACGCACGCUCGAGACGUGCGUGAGAUGGUGCGGUCCGCGCUGGAGCUCCGACAGGUGGUGGGCGACAUGGUGAUCUCGCGCGAGUUCGCGGUGACCAUUGUGUCCUCCGGCAAUUCCUUCGACAACUUGUAG